AGACGAUGACAAGCGAAAACAAUAAUAAAAUAAAAUAAAACAAAAUAAAACAAAACAAUGAUGAGAGAAAAAGAAGAGAAAAUAAAAAAUAAAAAAUCCAAAGGUCUUAGACCGUGAGAUCCCCAAAAUCCAAACGCCAGACGCAGAGAGAGCACCGGAAAUUCCACCUGGAUUGGACUAACAAUGCCAGUAUUUAAAACCCCGUUCAACGGCUACUCCGUCAAGUUCAGCCCCUUCUACGAGUCUCGGCUCGCCGUCGCCACCUCCCAAAAUUUCGGCAUCCUCGGCAACGGCCGCCUCCACGUUAUCGACCUCUCCCCGGCCCCGCUGGGCCCCGCCGCACCCCACCAGCCAAUCACCGAGCUCAUCGCCUAUGACACCGCCGACGGCGUAUACGACGUCGCAUGGUCCGAGUCCCACGACUCCCUUCUAGUCGCCGCCAUCGCCGACGGCUCAGUCAAGCUCUACGACGUCGCUCUGCCCCCCGCCUCCAACCCCCUCCGCUCCCUCCAUGAGCACACGCGCGAGGUCAGCUCCGCCGACUACAACCCCACGCGCCGCGACUCCUUCCUCACCUCCUCCUGGGACGACACCGUCAAGCUGUGGACCGUUGACAGGCCCGCCUCCGUCCGGACCUUCAAGGAGCACGCCUACUGCGUCUACUCCGCCGUCUGGAACCCUCGCCACGCCGACGUCUUCGCCUCCGCCUCCGGCGACUGCACCCUACGCGUCUGGGACGUGCGUGAGCCUGGCUCCACCAUGAUCAUCCCCGCUCACGAGCUCGAGAUCCUCGCGUGCGAUUGGAACAAGUACGACGACUGCUGCAUCGCCACUGCCUCCGUCGACAAGUCAAUCAAAGUUUGGGACGUGAGGAGCAUUAGGGUUCCGAUCUCGGUGCUCAACGGCCACAGCUACGCGGUGAGGAAAAUCAAGUUCUCGCCGCACAGGCAGAGCUUGAUGAUGUCGUGUUCAUACGACAUGUCGGUUUGCUUGUGGGAUUAUAUGAUGGAGGACGCGCUGGUAGCUCGGUACGACCAUCACACCGAAUUCGCGGUUGGUGUGGAUAUGAGUGUUCUUGUGGAGGGGCUUCUGGCAAGUACUGGCUGGGAUGAGCUUGCGUACGUUUGGCAGCACGGGACCGACCCCAGAGCGCCUUAAAAGGGUAGUUUCUGAUUUUCUUGUGAUAGUUUUUGAAUUGUGAAUUUUGUGAUUGCUCCAAUGCUGCUGUUACUGAAUCAUAAUCCCUUUGAUCUUGUAUAGAAGAUUUAAUAAACAAGAAGCUUUAUUUUUUUGUUC